AACAUCGAGAAGAUACUGCUGCUCGUGGAGAAGCUCGGCUCAAAAAACGCCCAGGAAGCCACCCUGUCCAAGACGAUCAUGUCCGAGCGCGGCAACGUGAUCGCCGAGGCCGCCCUGAAGGCCAUGAAAGUCUGUGCCGACGGCGCUAAAGAGAUGCAGCCUGGACACCUGUCAACGGGCCCCAAAGAGACCCAAAAGGACGCCAUCAUCACGCACCGCCAGCAGGUGACGGACCAGGGGCAGCUGAAGGAUAUCAUGUACCACGCGAAGGCGGCUAAAGCGCUCGACGAGAAGAAAGUCAAACUUGAUCUCGCUGGGCAUUCUGCCGCGAAGCCUGUGGUCACAAGCACAGUGCGUGCUGGUCGACUAUCCGAUGGCCGCCAGAUGUACGGGCAGGCGCCCAAAGGGAGCCUCGAGAGAGACUUUCAGAGCUGGCUCGAGCAGCUGGGAACGAUGGCAGCCCACGACAAUUGA